CCUUGAUGGAGAACGAGAAUUUCAAGUGGGAUCAGGAAUAUGAUGAAGUGCAGGUCACGGUCCCGUAUGAAGGCGAUAUUACAAGGGAUGACGUGAAGACAGAGCUGACACGAACCACGUUCAAGCUAUUGUUAAAAGGUAGACCGGUUGUGAGUGGAGAGCUGAGCAACACGAUAAAAUGUGGUGACGAGGACGUUCUUUUCUACAUGGAUGGUGGGCAGGUAGUUGUUACGCUUGAAAAAGAAGACAAGAAAUGGUGGGAUUCGUUUUUCACAGGCGGGAAAAGGGUAGAUGUCAACGAUAUCGCGUCUAAAAAACAGACCAAGUUUGAAGAUCUUGAUCCGGAGGCACAAUCUUUGGUGGAGAAGAUGAUGCAUCAGCAGAAGAACAAGACAGAAAAUAGUGUUGCAGAUGGCGACAUAAAGACAGCAGAACUAUUCAACCAACUGAAAAGGGACAGUAAACUGGAUUUAGGCCCUGAAGAAGUGCUGGAAUAAAAUAUACAUUAUUUAUAGAGUGGAAUACACAAGCCAUUAUUUUAGUUGUCUUGUCGAAAGAGUGUUACUAAAAAUCGAGAAUAACUCCAAGUUUUGUGAAUGAUCAGCCUUGUUUGUUCCUCAAUGACAACUCAUCAUAAAAGUGUGUUUGUUCUGUUGUUUUUGAUAUAUGAGAAGAUAAAUAAACGAUCUUAGAUAAAAA